AUGGAUCGGACUACAUUUGAUAUCCAGCCUGUCAAUCGGUUCGUGGGCACCAAUGCCACCAUCCGACGUCCGAAGGAAGUCGCUUGUUUCUCAUACGAUGACGAGCGUCAAUUUCACCUUGACGAGUCAUCCAUGCGCUAUUACUAUCCGCCACAACUCCCUGCGGACUUGAAUCGUGGCUUUGAUACCUUUCAGAAACUGGAUGAUUCCGCAGACGAGCAUCUUGAUGCUCUUCUAAGAACCAUUGCGGCCAUGGAAGAAGAAACGGGGAAGAAGUGUGAAGCAGAUAUCGUCACAUGGAGAGGCAUGAUGACCAAGAUCUUGACUAUUCCUUUCGACAAUUUGAACGGCUUCGAGAUGAACGCGACUCGUUUUCAGGAUACCAUAUUCAUCGAGGAAAAUAAUUCCUACAAAAAUGAGCAAAAGAAGGUCCAACAGAAUCAGAGGAUGCCACCCGGGAUGGCGUCCCAGGACCUAAUGGCAUAUUGGGGCUACAAAUUUGAGAGCAUCUCAGUACUUCGACAACCCUGGGAUCCAACCCCGCGCCAUGAAAUUGAGAAUCGGGAUGAGGAAAUAGUUAAUAACAGCGCUCAAUACUGCUCUGUCGUCCGUACUGGGAUAGGCAACGUGAAAAUGGUUAUUGGUGGGGAAGUUGACGCCGUAUGGGACUGCAAACCCGAUAGAAAAGAGGAUCACGUCCGCUGGGUUGAGUUGAAGACCUCAGCGGAGAUCAGAAACGACCGUGAUAUGGUGAAAUAUGAGCGGAAGCUCCUGAAGUUCUGGGCGCAAUCAUUCCUACUCGGUGUCCCCAAAAUUGUCGUUGGAUUCCGCAACCAACAAGGAAUUGUACACCGUAUGGAGGAGGUAGAUACUUACACCAUCCCGAGCAAGGUUAAGAAGGUCGGAAGAGGUACCUGGGACGGAAAUAUCUGUAUCAACUUUGCCGCUGCGUUUCUCGAAUGUAGGGCCGGAUUCCAGAUAUUUGCUCAUGGGCUGAAGACAACCAUCACACAAGAUGGGACAUGGAGAAUUUGCAAAGCUGAAAAGUCGCCGGUUAUUGAAGUCUUUAGAGUCGAAGAGGGCGGACAUGGCGAUAUUCUUUCUCCGGAGUUCAUGGCUUGGAGAUACAAGCUGGGGAGAAUUGAGACGAAAGAGCCUCCUGAAGCUCCAGCUGAAUAGUUUUACGAUCUAUCUACGGAAAAGCAAUUGGUUCUUCCUACCCGGGAAUAUCAAAACCUCAGACGCCUGGAGGGCUAACCAAGUAAGGUGUCAAGGAACUCAUCGAGAAAAGCCUUCCAAGGUUUCAAAAUGAAAGCGAUACCAUGGAUUGGCAGCAGGCUAUUGCCUAUAACGUGCAAUCUUGAAUCUUACUACAUUCAUAAUCGAAACACUUGCCAAGCUACGCAGGCCAUUGCUUAAUCAUGUAUAUACGAGUCGGACAGGGUGAAGAGCAUUUGCUCAAGAGAAAAAUGAGAAAAAUGAGAAAAAUAAUCAAUGUGAAAACGUUGUAUUGCACGAUUUAGCUAUCAAUCCCCCUGCUCUUGGGUAUCAUUUAAAGACUCCUUCUUCCGCAGAUACUCGGCAUGCUCGGCUUUCUUUGCAGCAUGCUUG